GUCCUUGACGACGAGCCGCAGGAUUCUGAUCAUGUGCUGGAAUGCGAAUGAUUGAAGAAGUUUAUCCGGACCCGAGAACUUCAGAAGAGCCUCACAACCAGCGAGAGACGAACAUGGGAUGCGGGAGCUCCAGAAUCACGGUGGUCGAGCCGGUGAAAACGAGCAAUCUGAACGGAAAUGAGACGGACACUCUACAGUUUGAUGUGGCUCAGGGAGGAUCGCGUGGUGACUCCGCCAUCUCCAAAAUGACCAUAGACAGUGGAGUCAGUCUGGAUGCGGCAGAGGCGGCAGGUCUACCUGGAACUGUACCUAGACUACUACCACAACUGCAAGCCCAGACCCCAGGACACAGCGAGGAGAGACCUGAGUCCAGUGAGAUCCUGGAACAGCUUCUGGCUCAGGGAAUCAUUCCAGCUCAACCCAAACACGGAGAAAGUGGACAAUCCUACAACAUCAUGAUGGAUGACACUGGGAAAGCCAGAAGCAGACCACCCGCUCGGCUGGAGUCUCUGAAAACACGCAAAGAACAAGAGAUCACCAAAAAAGAGGACAUCGAGAUGAAGAUGAGACUAGUGGAGGAGAGGAGAAAGGAGAGAGAGGAGGACCUGAAGCGCAGGCUGCGGAUUAAAUCAGCCCGUCCUCGUAGCUCUGCCCCAGUGAACUCGGAAGGAAAGCUCGACCCAGAGGAGCUGCUCCAUUCUGAACAACUUCCAGUCCCAAUCAGAACCAAACAUGGAGAAUCUGAGGACCACGCACUCACUGAUUCACCAGAACUGGAGAACGACUCUACCUUCCAGCAGAACGGAGACACAGAUGAGGGCUUUUAAAUCUACACAUACAGGUUAAAGGGAUAGUUCACGCAUGAAAUUAACAUUUACAGCUAAUUUACUCACAUUCCAGGCUAUUGAAGAUGACUUCUUUUCGUCAGUAGAACAUUAAAAGUGCAGUUUGUAGGACUGACAUCUAGCGGUUAAUUAGGUAUUGCAGUCCAAAUUCAAAAUAUAGGAAAGUUUUUUUUUUCACCUGGCCCUUUUAUUGUGCUGAAAUAUAGUUGGGUAAACUGGUAGUGGGCUGGUUAAAGAGACCAAGACAUAUAUUUCAACAUGGAACUCACAUUUCCAAAGUAUAAUAACUGACUUUAACAUUGUUUUUUCAGAUAAACAAGUCUGUUCACACUGCAAAAUAAAUGCUUUUCUUUUU